AGCAAUCACCUUUGCAUGGAAAACACAGAAUCCUACUCAUUAAUACACGUGCGUAAAUUAGGCUACAUCACUUUUGUUUUGAGCCAACAUAGCCUUUGAAUACCAGGUUCACGCCUGGGAGGCAGUGCGGUUCCAAAUUUAAUGCAGUCAACUUUCGUCUACACGGGCGCCGAGUUUCAUGGAAACCCCUCUUCCUCUUGGAAUGUUCUGGUUCUGAGACAGAGGCGGAGUUGAGGACAAAGGUUUUAUGGGAAAAACGGAGGACAUCAACAACUUUUCAACGGGAAUAUAAACUAUUAAAGCACUAGGUCUACAUUAAGCUAACUUCUAACCAGGAAAACCACAGUCUCUUUGUGGUGGGCCACCCCACCCCCCUGCAGCACCAUGUCCAAGUACCUGAGGCAUUUCACCACGGUGGGUGAUGACCACACAGCCCAUUGGCACAACGAGGGGCUGCAUGAGGCUAGAGAGGAGCCGGGACCAGCCACAGGACAGCAGCCCCACGGGGAACUCACCUUCAGAGGCUCUCUGAAGAGACUCUACAGCUCAGAMAGAUUCCAGAUAGCUGUGGUAUGCCUGGUUAUCCUGGAUGCAUUCUUUGUGCUGGGCGAGCUACUGAUCGACCUGUCAAUCAUCAAGUUGGAGCAUGGGCACGUUGCCCCUCGGGUCUUCCACUACCUGAGUCUGGCUCUUCUCACCUUCUUCAUGAUGGAGCUAGCUGGAAAGCUCUUUGCCUACCGGCUGGAGUUCUUCCAUCACAAGUUUGAGGUGUUUGACGGGCUGGUGGUGAUUGUGUCCUUCAUCCUGGACAUUGUGUAUAUCACCAGUAAAGAUGCCUUUGACGGCAUGGGCCUCUUGAUCCUCCUCAGGCUCUGGAGGGUGGCCAGGAUAGUCAACGGAAUCCUGGUGUCUGUGAAGUCACGGGCCGAUCGCGAAGUUCAAAAGCUGAAGGAGAGCAAUGAUCACCUGGUCCAGCAAGUUAACGACCUACAAGAGCACAAUGGCAAGAUGGAACAAGAGAACAGUAAACUACGAGCUAUCCUCCGACAGCAUGCCAUUGAGUUCUGAUGCAGGAAGAGGAACAUGAUGCCGUUUCCAUUAUCCACUUAUAGUGUCAUUGGAAUUGUUCAAUAAACAAGGCUAUAUUCUAAA